AUGCAUUGGGAGCGGAUAAAGUCAUUUGGUAUUGCAAAUAUUCUGGAAAGCGAACUAUUUAUGGAUGCUGCUUCACUGGAGGAGUAUAGGAAUAGGAAGACAUUGAUUCAGCGCUUGAAGACAAAAGUCGUCAUGUUUCGUGCAAACAAACGUUGUCAAGCAGACAAUAUUAUUUCUUUCACAUCUAACAUGUUACCAUCUUCGCAUUCUUUGUCUAAUGGAAAACCACCCGGACAUGCUUUUCAGAGAGUGCUCCCUCCUUGCAUUAAUGCAACUGGUGUAGUUACUGAAGAUAAGAAACAUGACUUACCAAAAAGAGGGCUGUCUUCAAUCCCAAAAUGCACUGAUUUGGAUGUGCUUCCUGAAUUUCCUGUUGCUUUGGUUGGGGGAAGCCAUUUGGAAGCUAACUCCAAGUCAUUUGUCAUGCAACCACUAACCAAAAGAACAGUGGAUUCUGAAACUGUGUACAAGGUGGAACAAAUUACAAACCCAGUAUCUGAAAGCGAUAUUUGGAUAAAAGAUAAUUUAUUGAAUGAUACAUUUGGACAACCUCAGAACGAAGCAAUUUUAUGUGGUACACAAGCUUACCAUUUGUUAAAUUCAGGAAAAUCACUAACCAAAAGAAGAAAAGUGGAUUCUGAAACUGGGUACAAGGUGGAACAAAUUAUAAACCUAGUAUCUGAAAGCCAUACUGGGAUAAAAGAUAAUUUAAUGAACGGUACAUUUGGACAGCCUCUUGAGGAGGAACCUAUUUUAUAUGAAGGUACACAAGCUUAUAACAUGUUAAAUUCAGAGCAACCACUAACUAAAGGAAGAAAAGUGGAUUCUGAAACUGAGUGCAAGGUGGAACAAAUUACAAAUCCCAUAUCUGAAAGCAAUACUUGGAUAAAAGAUGAUUUAAUGAAUAAUACAUUUGGACAGCCUCUUCAGAACAAACCAAUUUUAUAUGAAGGUACACAAGUGUAUAAGCUGUUAAAUUCAGAGCAACUAACAAAAGAUCAUGAUGUGAUAGUUAACUAUAGUGGAUCUGAUUAUAAUAUGAAAACUGUUUGUGAAAAAUCUAUGGCUACAAAUACAGAGGACAUACAAGACAGGAGGAGAUUCAACCAAUAUGAGUCCAAUGCUAUUGAAAAAGUCAUUGAACCAAAAUCUCAAGAAAAGAAAAAGGAGUUCACAGAUCCAACUGUUUCCUCAACAACUGAAUCUUUAACAAGAAGUGGAAUAAAGGAACACAUUAGAAGUCUCAGACAGCAAGAUAAUAAUAAGGAUAUAACGAACAGAGAAUCAGGAGAAAAUGAUAUCUACAAAUGCCAUUUGUGUUCAAUGGCAACACUGUACUUUGACCCUAAGCCAAUUUACUGCUUUUGUUGCGGCACCAGCAUCAGGCGUAAUGCAUGUUAUUACUAUAGAAGAGAAGAAGAGGACACGCAGAAUUGCUUUUGUACAACAUGCUAUAAGAAUACCCGAGGUGGGAUCAUCACAUUCAACGGGACAACUGUUUCCAAGACCGAUCUUAUCAAAAAUAAAAAUGAUAGAGAAUGUGAAGAAGCGUGGGUUCAAUGCAGUAAAUGCAAAAGUUGGCAGCAUCACAUAUGCGCACUCUAUAACAAUACAAGAGAUUUGGACAACAGUGCUGAAUAUCUUUGCCUUUUAUGCUGCCUAAACGAAAAUAGAAAUGAUGUGCGUGUACCCUAUGAUGCUAAAGACUUGCCGAGAACCAUGCUAGGUGACCACAUAGAAGGGAGGCUUUUGAAGCGUCUCGGUCAAAUUGAAAGGAAUAAAAAUCCAGAGAAAGUUUUUGUAGCAGACAAUCUUUCUGUUAGGGUUGUGCUAUCUGUGGACAAACAUAUUGAAGUGAAGAAACAAUUUCUCGAUAUCUUUGAGGAGGAUAAUUAUCCUGCAGAGUUUUCUUAUGCUUCAAAAGUUAUUCUUCUGUUUCAAAAGAUUGAUGGAGUGGAUGUGUGCCUCUUUGCAAUGUAUGCUCAAGAGUUCGGCUCAGAAUGCGGCUAUCCAAAUCAGCGUUCUAUAUAUAUUUCAUAUCUCGAUUCGGUUAAGUAUUUUAGACCCGAAAUACAUAUCUCGGCUAGAGAAUCUCUCCGUACCUUUGUUUACCAUGAAAUAUUGAUUGGAUAUCUUGAUUUUUGCAAGAAAAGAGGUUUUACAACUUGUUACAUAUGGUCCUGCCCACCUAUAAAGGGAGAUGAUUAUAUAUUCUACUGUCAUCCUGAAUCUCAAAAAACUCCGAAGAAAAAUCAACUACGACAUUGGUAUCAUUCAGCUCUAAGAAAAGCUGUUGAAGAGGAUAUUGUUGUUGGUUUAUCUAACCUAUACGAUCAUUUCUUUCUUCCUACUGGAAAAUGUGAAUCCAAGGUAACAGCUGCUCGUUUGCCUUACUUUGACGGAGACUUCUGGUCUGAUGCUGCUAUGGAUAAAGCCAGCCAGAUUGAACAGCAUACUGCAGGAAACCGUGAAAAGAUGCUGAAAUUAAUACCAAACAGAUCUUUGAAGUCGAUGGGAUUGGUAAAUCUUUCUAAAGAAACUGCCAAAGAUAUUCUAGUGAUGCAGAAGCUGAGACAAACCAUAUCACCUUUCAAGGAAGAUUUUAUUGUAGUUCAACUUCAGUAUGUUUGCAUCCACUGCCAUAAAGUGAUAGAGUGUGGGAAGCGAUGGUUUUGCAAGGAGUGCAAGAUAUUUCAGGAGUGUGAAAGAUGUCACACUGCUGAUUCACACACUUCUGUGAAAGGCGAGAAGCACAAACUUUGUGAGGUCCUUACGGGACGCAUACUUCGUGAUACAACUAAGGAGAAAGAUAUCAUCUUUAAUAAUGGGUUAUUUGAUACCAGAUAUAACUUUCUUAGCUUUUGCCAAAGGAAUAGGUUUCAGUUUGAUUCACUUCGUCGAGCCAAGUAUUCCUCAAUGAUGAUCCUCCAUUUUUUGAGCAAGCCUAUUGGAAUAAUUUGCCAAGUUUGCUGUAAACCCAUUGUUAGCAAGUGUUACUGGAAAUGUGGGAAUUGCCCGGAGUUCACUGUCUGUUCUGCAUGCCAUAUCGCCAGAGGUUCCAAAUGCCAUGCACACACGUUGAGUGAAACUUGUUCAGCCGCACUAUCUUCUACUGGGAGUGAAAAAUUAAAGCAGAAUACAGCAGUGGAACUGCUGGAUGUUAUAAAGCACGCAUCACAGUGUCAUUCAACUCAAACUCAACCAUGCACGUACCCCAACUGCCUUAAAAUAAGAAAGUUGUUUUCUCAUGCAAGUAGGUGUACUGUUCGAGUUUCUGGAGGAUGUCAACAUUGUAAGAAGGUUUGGCAGGCAAUAGCUUUACACUCAAGGAAUUGUAGAGACUCAGCAUGUCGCGUUCCUCGUUGCAUGGAUAUGAAGAAGCAAGCAGAGUUGCAGCAUGCAAUCUGA